CACAGUUCGCCUUCCAUCUAUAAAUAACCCUUUCUAUCAUAACGCACGUCUUAGGUGCGACCCAACCUUCGACAGAAAACUAGGGUUUUCGACCAUAUUUUUCUCAGUUUGUUGUCUUUUUAAUUGUUGCGAUUAGUCUACAAGAAGCGCUCGAAGAUUGUAUCAUGGCGGGCGGAGGAAAUUUCAUGCACAGGGUCAUAUCUUACGUUGUUAAUGAGUUCGUUGUCAGCGGUCUUGCAAACAGCCCUACGUUCCAGAGAUUCGCUGUGAGAUCAUCAAAGAGAAUGGAGGAUCUUUCUAACAUCGCUGCAAAGAAGAAGCAAGAACUUGCCGAGCAGAUGAAGGAUCUGUCAAAGAAUUUUGAGUCCUUUAAAAACCAGUAGUGAUGAUUGGCUACACAACCAUGGUGCGCAGCAGAUGUAGUUGUCCUUCUUUGUCCUCACGACGGUGGUGAUGAUGUGAUUCUGUUUCUGCUUCUCAUGAAACCCUAGUAUUGUAAAUUUGGAAGAUACGGGUUAUUGAAUAAUCGUUCUGGUAUUGUUCAUGACCUUAAAGACUUGUAGUUUUUUAUGGAACUUGUAUUCCGAAGUUGUAUUGGCUUUCUGUUUUACCCUUAUGAAAUAGAAUAUAUCUUACCACCAACCUUAAUUUAAAAA